GGUCGGUGAUUGGCCGAGGCCGCCUCCAGCCCCCACCCACGUCCCCUCCCCAGCUCCCGGCUUCCGACUCCAGCGCCCCGCGCGCCAAGGCGGCGAUCGAGCGAGCGCGCGUGCAGCCGCCGCCGCCCCGAGCACCAGCAGCUCCCGCGCCGCGGCGAGACCGAGGAGAGACGGACCGACCGACGGACCCUCGCAGCCGCAGCAUCCCGGAGGAGUGCUAUUGAACACCUACAGUGGGCCAGGUGGAAUCAUAGGACAUGGGGGCUAAGAAGAACCUUCGACAGCAUUUCAUCAUUUCACAGAGGAGGAACCUCCAGGGCAGUUUAACUUCCAAUGAGCUAUUUCAGUGCAGAGAAAUGACAGGAACAUGCUUGCCAAUUCAGGCAGCGUGAGGAUUCUCAUCAAGGGAGGCAAGGUGGUGAACGAUGACUGCACCCACGAGGCUGAUGUCUACAUUGAGAAUGGCAUCAUCCAGCAGGUGGGCCGUGAGCUCAUGAUCCCCGGAGGGGCCAAGGUGAUCGAUGCCACUGGGAAGCUGGUGAUCCCUGGAGGCAUUGACACCAGCACCCACUUCCAUCAGACCUUCAUGAACGCUACGUGUGUGGAUGACUUCUACCACGGGACCAAGGCGGCACUGGUUGGAGGCACUACCAUGGUCAUCGGCCAUGUCCUGCCCGAUAAGGAGACCUCCCUCGUGGACGCCUACGAGAAGUGCCGGGGUCUGGCCGACCCGAAGGUCUGCUGUGACUACGCCCUGCACGUGGGGAUCACCUGGUGGGCACCCAAGGUGAAAGCAGAAAUGGAGACACUAGUGAGGGAGAAGGGUGUCAACUCGUUCCAGAUGUUCAUGACCUACAAAGACUUGUAUAUGCUUCGGGACAGUGAGCUGUAUCAGGUGUUGCAUGCGUGCAAGGACAUUGGAGCCAUCCCCCGAGUCCACGCUGAGAAUGGGGAGCUCGUGGCUGAGGGUGCCAAGGAGGCGCUAGAUUUGGGUAUCACAGGCCCAGAAGGAAUCGAGAUCAGCCGCCCAGAGGAGCUGGAAGCUGAAGCCACUCACCGAGUUAUCACCAUUGCAAACAGGACUCACUGCCCGAUCUACCUGGUCAACGUGUCCAGCAUCUCGGCCGGUGACGUUAUCGCAGCUGCUAAGAUGCAAGGGAAGGUUGUGCUGGCUGAGACCACCACGGCGCAUGCCACGCUCACUGGCUUGCACUACUACCACCAGGACUGGUCCCACGCAGCCGCUUACGUCACGGUGCCUCCCCUGAGACUGGACACCAACACAUCCACCUACCUCAUGAGCCUGCUGGCCAAUGAUACUCUGAACAUUGUGGCAUCAGAUCACCGGCCUUUCACUACGAAGCAGAAAGCUAUGGGCAAGGAGGACUUCACCAAGAUCCCGCACGGAGUGAGUGGCGUACAGGACCGCAUGAGUGUCAUCUGGGAGAGAGGAGUGGUUGGAGGAAAGAUGGAUGAGAACCGUUUUGUGGCCGUUACCAGUUCCAACGCAGCAAAGAUUCUCAACCUGUAUCCCCGCAAGGGCCGCAUCAUCCCUGGAGCCGAUGCCGACGUGGUGGUGUGGGAUCCAGAAGCCACAAAGACCAUCUCAGCCAGCACCCAGGUACAGGGAGGAGACUUCAACCUGUACGAGAACAUGCGCUGCCAUGGCGUCCCGCUGGUCACCAUCAGCCGGGGGCGAGUCGUGUACGAGAACGGUGUCUUCAUGUGUGCUGAGGGCACUGGCAAGUUCUAUCCCCUGAGGUCCUUCCCAGACACUGUCUAUAAGAAGCUAGUCCAGAGAGAAAAGACCUUAAAGGUUAAGGGAGUGGACCGUACUCCCUACCUGGGGGAUGUAGCCAUCGUCGUGCAUCCUGGGAAAAAAGAGAUGGGAACGCCGCUCGCAGACACCCCCACCCGGCCCGUGACCCGACACGGGGGCAUGAGGGACCUUCAUGAGUCCAGCUUCAGCCUCUCCGGUUCUCAAAUCGAUGACCACGUUCCAAAGCGAGCCUCGGCUCGGAUCCUCGCUCCCCCCGGAGGCAGGUCAAGCGGCAUUUGGUAAAGGCACUGACCAGCCCCCUAAGUGAGGACGCACCGCCGCCACCAGCCCACACACCCUCCGGCCAUGGCUGCAGGGGGCGGGAGAGGCUGGGCUGGGCGGCACUCCACCUGAGGGGGCCAUGGGACCCCGGGGGGCCCUCCCCAUGUCUGACACGUGAUUCACUGUGCUUAGAGCCAACCCUAACAGGCACUUUGAGAUGUGUUCCUCCCGCUGCAGUCCUUUCCUGCCUUGGCCUUGGCAGGCUGUUGGGGCCCAGGAAACCCACACUAUGCACAGAGCCCAAUGCAUAGAGCCCGGCCCAGCCCCUCCCCUCACACCCACCUCCACGUGCUGGGCUCCGAAAGCCCAGCCUGUAGUGCCCUGCCCCCUGGCUGCUCCACCAGCUGUCCGGAGCACUUUCGCAGACGUGUGUUGGAGGAAAAGGACCCCCUCCCCCAGGGAGGCCCUGUGGUCCCUUUUCCCAAGUCAGACAGGCGUUGGCUCCCCAGCCAUGCCCAGGGCGUCCCGUUUCUCCUGACUCGACGCUGGCUCCUGGGUGGGUGGGGUGGGGACACUCUGCACCCUUUGCCGGCUUCUUCCUCCUCCCACCCCCCCCAGCUCUGGGAGUCAUAGGCCCCACGGGGCUCGCUGGGCGGGGCGCGGGGCUGGUGCCAGGCGCGUGUACAUGAUUUUGUUUUGCACGUUUGGUUUGCGCAGUGGUUUGGUUUGACUUGUUCGUGCAUCCUGUGAAAAAUAACGGAGCUUCGUGUCACUAGCAUAGCAUAGAAACAGGAGUAGAUGUGGACCUUAAGAGACGCUGCACUCGUCGCCAACCAGACAGCCUGGGGCACAGACCAGGAACGGGCUGAGGAGCUGGACUCACAGGCCCUUCUCCUCCCCACCUGGAGUCUUCCAGGCUGCCAUGGCCCUGUCCCAGGCCCUCCUCCCGUCCCCUCCCCUCCUGGGGUAGUUUCCUACAUUCUGAGGGGAUGCCCAGUACGCCAGCCCUGGGUCCUCCGGGAAGCAGAACCGCCCUUCCCACCUCGGGCUCCGGGCACUCCCAGCACUGACACCCCCAAACACCUGGCUUCCUGUAAACUCCCCUGGCUGGACAGAGGCCCAGCCGCUCCUCCCGUGUGAUUGGCAAGAGGCCUCAUGCCUGCUAAGAGAGGGGGAGCUGGACUCUGGAGGGAGCAGGAUAGAGGCCAGGGAAGGAGGCCAGGCCAGUAGGACCAGGCCGAAGAACCCACAUUGCUGCCCGGGUGCUAUGGCCUCCUGGGGUCAGCACCUCCCCUUCCCCUGCUCGUAGCCUCCGUCUCCUCCCUCAUCCAGUUGGGCUUUCCCUGCCUCCGAAGUGCUGCGAGGUUUCCAAGGAAACGCUAGAGGCUGGGUGAUCUCCAUCCACCCUGAGUGAGCCGGGAAGCAACCAGGCGCCUGCCCGUCUUAAGCCUUGCCCUCCAGCCGGGGAAGUGAUUUCAUGUUGCACAUUGGCUUUGUGCACCCCAGGCUUGCCCUGGGGCUCUUGGGCUAGUGGUCCUACCCUGCACAUUUCUUCCGUGCUUCACAUGCUUUCAAAGCACUUCCAUAUACGAGCUCUCCAUUGCUCCCCAUGACAGCAAAGCACGUGUUAUUCUCCCCAUUUCACAGAUGAGGCCCAGAAAGUUUAGGCCUUCUGACCCCACGAGUGUCCAUGACGGUCUUUAAGAGCUUGGCUGUCUACCCCAGCUGUGGAAAGGAAGAGUGGGUGACGUCCCUUGUAGAUCCCACCUGAGAAUUUAACCAUCCAGA